AAUAUGAAGAAUGCAGCAAAGCAGAAAUUUAAUCAGAAGAAUAAGAUUCUGUGAAUAAGAGGAUCAUAGUACCAAAUUCCUUAUGAAUUGAAACUGAAAUCUGUCACUUACACAUGUCAAGGAAGCUGUAUGUCAGGUUUGAAUGUUGUUCUCUCAGUAGUGGUCUGUUUGCGUAUACAUUGACUGCCAGGAUUAAAUUCACAGUUGAUUUGUACAGAGGCUGCAGUCUUUAUACAUGAUGGGAGCACACUUUUCUGUGAAUGACCUCCAAGACCAACAAAAGGGGAAAAACUCCUCAAGCAGGCACCAAAUAAGUUUGUUGACCAACAACAAAUAUUAUGCAUUUAAGGUUAGAGUUUCUGUAGUUGUCAUGUGUUUUUGUUUUGUUUUUUUUUUGGACAUAUGGAUCUCAGUGCUGUGACAAGUUGUGAUAGAUAAAUCUCUGUGCUAUUAAUUCCUAAUGAUUUUUGUGUAAUUUUGUGCUUUUGAGGUGAUGGAUGCGAAGAAGGUUUGAUGCCACAAAUGCUGUCUGUCCUCUAGGCUGCUCACUGUCCAGUUAGCCAUACUGGAGUUACGUGUAUGCAUAUGGCAAAUGAUGGAAUGAAGUAAAUUAAGCUAUGGUGCCCAGUACUGAUGAACAUUUUCUUUCAACAUGCUUUUGGGGUUGUGCAUCCUAUGGCUUUAGCCAGGGGACAGUUGUAAAACUAUCUUGCCAAGUUCAGGCUCUGUAAGGAUGUAGCUGCAAUAUCUGGGCUGAAAUUUGAGUGCUGCACUGUUGGAAAUUGGUGAAACGAUUGAAUGAAGUUCUAACUGCCCUCGUGACAGUCAAUUCUAACAUCAACAGGGGUGUUCGUUGGCCGAUAUUCAUCCACCUGGCUGCAUCUCUUUCUAAAAAAAAAACUAGUCGUAAUCAUUUUUUUAAGGCCUUGCUUUUACAUUUCUUUCGAAAUGUAGUCAUUGCUGUAUUGUAAGUAUUUAAAUUGUUGUAAUGUGUAUUUUGUAAUGAAGGAUGUUGUAGAAACCCAUGUUGAUAUCCAGUGCCCAUGGAACUGCAUCUGAGACUUCUGAAGAAAUGGGGACAAGGGUUCUGGAAUGGAGCAAGGAAGGAGAAACUAUUCGAGUCAGGUUCUGCAAGGUGUGUUCUUGAUUGGUUUGCUUGCAUCUCUGAUGCCAUUUAAUAUUUCUUUUGCAGGUCGCAUUUACUUCUUCAAUCAUAUAACUAAUCGGAGUCAAUGGGAGCGUCCAAAAGCUGGGGGGAAUUACAAUUCUGUUGAGCCUGACAAAGUUCGCUGUUCCCACCUGUUAGUGAAGCACAACCAGUCACGCAGGCCUUCUUCAUGGAGACAGGAGGAGAUCACACGCAGCAAAGAGGAGGCACUAGAGACAUUAAAUGAAUACAUCCAAAUGAUCAAAUCUGGAGAUGCAACAUUUGAACAUUUAGCAUCCAAAUACAGUGAUUGCAGCUCGGCAAAGGAAGGGGGAGAUCUGGGCUAUUUUGGCAAAGGCCAAAUGCAGAGACCAUUUGAAGAAGCCACAUACGCACUGAAAAUUGGAGAGAUGAGUAACCCAGUAUUUACAGAUUCUGGUAUUCAUAUCAUCCUCCGCACUGCUUAAAGUGCCUCCUUUUGUUUUGUCUUUGCAAAGUGAAUAACAGCCACUAUUGAAGACCCUGGUGAAAACCACUCACUUCACAGUCUAAUAAAUAUCUUGUUCUCCCCAGUAUUUAAUAACUUUGUCUUUAGCCGUUGUCCAACGCUCUUGCAGGCACUUGAGACAGAGGGAAAGAACUGGUCUUAAUAGUUAUAGAAACAGAAUGUUUAAAAUAUCACUGUCUCUUCACAGCAGCCCAACUAUCAGUUCAGUGUAUAGGAUGACAUGCAGUUAGUGCCAGACUGAGCUGUAAUUGCUUUUACACUGUUGUAGCGCUUCUGCUAUGCAUUGUGUUAAAAGAGACUGUUUGAAUUUUAUUGGAGUAACGCAGGCAUAAUUGCAACAAAAUUAAUGUUUAUUUUCCCAAUGCAGAGAACUUUUGGGAUUGAUUAUCAUUUCAGAUCUUCAUUCAGCAUUGCUUGACUUGUUAUCAGAUUACACUAAUACACAAGCUGUUUGGUCGUAUAACUGUUUGAAUUCUUAUGGUGGUAGUAGCAUUCAUUAAAACAGGUUGGUAGUUAGCAGCAGUGCCCACCACCUCCUUCAGAAAAAGUGCAUAAGCCCUCAGCAUGUAGGCAGUGUUUUAGAUCACCCUAAUCUUUGGUUGCUGACCUCUUUGAUUCACAACAGUUCAAAUCACCUGUUUGACAGCAGUUCUGUUUGUAAGUGCAUUUUUCCACUGAUCGUUCCUUCCACAAGGUACUGCUGGAAACAACCCUGAGAAAUAAUUGUCAAGAUCUGAACUACUGGUGAGAGAGAAUAUGAACCGAAUAACUUUGUUCCUUUCUAUUGCUUAAGGUUCCUUCCAGCUGGUAUACUUGUGUUUUUUCUUUUCAACGGUUCAAAGUGCACUGAAGGUGCACUCAACUGCAAAAAGAAACUGAGGUUAUGGGAAAUGUAAGGUUAUUAUUUGUCUGGCUUUAAUUCAAAAUAUUAAAGAGAUUCUCCACAAUA